AUGGUGGCGCGAGAUCGCGUCCGCGCCGCCGCCGCCGCCGCGGACUCGGCGGGCGGCGGCGGCGACCGCGACCGCGACCGCGGCGGCGAUCCGAGGUACGGGAUGGGCGCGGGAGGCGGCGGCGACCGCGACCGCGGCGAUCGCGGAGGAGGAGCGCCGACGGACCCGAGGCGGACGGGCGCGGCGGGCGGCGGCGACCGCGGAGGAGGAGCGCCGAACGAAGGGAACAACGCCGGGGGGGCCCGCGACGGCGGCGAGCUCGCGGCGGACAUCGAGAUGAUGAAGCGCAUCUCGGACGCCGCGAAAGCGGUCGCGUCGAGAGCCGCGGAGGAGCUCGGGAUAACGAACGUCCCGCCGCCGCCGGGGAUGGGGCCGGGGCCGGGGGCGGGAAGCGACUUCACGCUCCACGGGACGAAUUUGGGUGGCGGAUACGCCGACGCCGGAUCGGGGAUCGGAUCGGGAACGGGCGCGGGCGCGGCGGAGGAUUCUCUCCGAUUCCACCCGUCCAUGGAGGGCAGACUGAUCGGCAAAGGCGGGUCGAUGAUCAUGGAGCUUCAGACGGUGCACGCGGUCAAGUUGAACGUCGUGCGAGGCGAGGGAUUGGUUCAAAUCUCCGGCGCCGCGCUCAAUAUUCAACGCGCCAAAAUCGCGAUCGAACGGCUCUGCGCCCCCGACGCCGCCGCGCUGGGGUCCGGGCCAGGGGCGGCGGACGCGCCCGGGUACAUCACCGAGGUGGUCGACAUCGGCGGGCACAUGGAGGGCCGCGUCAUCGGCUCGGGCGGGGGCACGAUUCGCGACAUCGAGGCGCGGUCGGGCGCGAGCGUGCAAAAGGGCGCGGGGACGUGCACCAUCGGCGGCUUCGACCGCGCCAAAGUGGACGCCGCGCGCGCGAUGGUGGACGCGAUCAUCGCGCAGCACGGCGGCGCGCACGGCUCUCUUGGUGUGCCCGGGCCCGGCGGCGUCGUCGAGAGGGUCCACGUCCCGCGCAGGGGCGGGCUGAUCGUCGGCCCGCAGGGGGUGAACAUCAAGCGGAUGAAGGAGGAGUCCGGCGCGGACAUGCGGAUGGUGCGCGAGACGGAGGAGGUUGUCAUCACGGGGCUGCCGGACCGCGUCGAGACCGCGGUGAAGCUCGUGAAGGAGCUCCUCGCGACGAUGCCGUACAAGCCGCACGAGCCGGGGUACGUACCGGGCGGCGGAGGCGGCGGGGAUCGAACCGGCGGCGCGGGCGGGAUUGGCGGCGGCGGGUACCCGCCCGUCGUCGACGAGGUCGAAGAGCGCGUCCCGUGCCCGUUUCUCGCUGGCGUCGUCAUCGGCCCCGCGGGGGCGAAGAUACGAGAGCUGUCUCAGACGCACGGCGCGAAGUUGUUCGUCCGCGGCGGUCACAAAGAGCAGCCGGACGGCGCGAAAGGGCAGGAGGUGUGCGUGAUCAGCGGGCGACGCGAGUGCGUCGACGCCGCGAAAGCCGCGGUGGAGGCGCUGCUCGCGGAGAAGCGCGCGGGCGGGAUGGGCGGAGGCGGGAUGGGCGGCGGCGGCGCGGGCGGCGGGGCGGCGUCGUACGGCGGGGCGGCGACCGCCGCGGGGGGGUACGGGAUGCCGGGGCAGUAUCCCGCCGCGGGGCCCGGCUACCCGGGCGGCUACCCGGGGAUGAUGCCUCCUCCCGGGAUGAUGCCUCCUCCCGGGAUGAUGCCUCCCGGGAUGGGGGGCUACCCGGGGAUGAUGCCGCCGCCGCCGUUCGGUGGCAUGCCGGGGGGGUUCCCCGAUCCGUACGCGGCGCAUUACGCCGCGGCCGCCGCCGCCGCGGGCGCCGCGGGCGCGGGCGCGGGCGCGGAGGAGGAGGCGCCGGGCGCGGAGGCGGCGCCGGGAGGAGUCCAGGACCCCGCGCUGGCGGCGAUGCACGCGGAGAUGCUCGGCGAGCUCGGGAUCCAGUCCGCGUCGGCGGUCGGCGCGCCGCCGCCGCCGCCGGGAGGGCCGAGCAUCCCGAGCGCGGCGGACGUGGGCGCGCCGCCGCCGCCGCCGCCGCCGCCGUGA